CUAUGGUGGAGGCGGGCCCACACAUGACCGGGAGAUGGAGAGAAUGGCGGAACAACUGCGCCAAUUGCAGGCUAAGGUGGAUGGUCGAGCGGAGAGGCGCGCUCGAGGACACCUGUUCUCGGCGGAUAUACUAGCAACACCCUUGCCAAAUAAUUACAAGAAUACCAACUUGGUGUUCGAUGGGACUUCUGAUCCGUCGAGACACGUGAGGACAUUUGAAAAUAUGGCUGUGUUGCACGAAUAUACUGAUCCCGUUAGUUGCAGGGCCUUUUUAUCGACCCUUAAGGGAGGGGCGCUCGACUGGUUCCAACAGCUCCCCCCAGGCUCGAUAGUGGACUUUGAGGAUUUUGCGGAGAAGUUGACAAAUCAAUAUUCGAGCGCGGUGGCUCAGGAGAAAACAUAUUUCACAUUUAUGGCGAUGAGACAAGGCGAGAAGGAGUCACUGCGUAAAUAUGUCACUCGAUACAAUCAGGCUUGUUUGGAGAUUCCAUCGGCGGUCGACGAGGUCAAGGCGGGAGGAUUGAUAAGGAGUUUGCGGGCAGGACCGUGUCGAACUUCUCUGGCUAAGACUCCUGCUCACACGUAUGAUGAGGUGUUGAGGAGGUGUAGGAAAUAUAUCAAUCUCGAGGAGACUGAGGCGGAGUUUGCCAAACUAGAAGAGCUAGGUCGAUGGGAGUCGAGGAAGGAGAAAGCGGUGUCGCCUAAAAGGAAAGCCUCGCCCAGGAGGGAGGGGCGAGCUAAGCAGGAUCGGGGGCGAGAGGACAGGUGGAAGGACCGACCUAUCUCUGGAGGGAAGAGAUUCUAUGAUUACACCCCAUUGAACGCGAAGGUAGCUGAGGUUCUGAUGGCCAUGGAGAAAGGGAUAGAUGGGAAAGAUAGAGGCACAAUAUAUAUGAUUUCAGGAGGACCGACUGACGGGGACUCGAAUAAUGCGAGGAGAGGCCAUGUUCGAGCAAUGAAAAGGAAGAGGGAAGAGGUGAGUAUCACGGCCCGGGUGCCAGAAAUCAGUUUUCGGGCAGAGGAUGCAGCAGGGGUGGUGGUGCCUCACAAUGAUGCCUUGGUAAUUACGGCCGAAGUUGCAGGUUUUGAUGUGAAAAGGGUGUUUAUAGACACAGGGAGUUCGGUUGAUGUCAUGUUUUAUGAUUGCUUUGUGCAAAUCAAUCGGGAGUUGAAUGUGGAGCUGAAGCCGGUGGCCACAGCCUUGUAUGGUUUCAACGGCGGAGAGGUCAUGCCAAUGGGAGAGGUGACUCUAUCGGUAGCACUGGGAAAGGGAGCAACUCGGAAGGUUCGAAUGGUGAGAUUUGUGGUCGUAAGAGCUGAGUCAUCCUACAACAUCAUAAUGGGGAGAACGAGCCUGAAUGUGUUCCAGGCGGUCGUAUCCACGUACCACAUGAUGAUCAAAUAUCCGGUGGGCGAAAACGUUGGUGAGAUCGCUGGGGAUCAACUUACCUCGAGAAGAUGCUACCAGACCACUGUGAGCAACAAUAAGCAACUAGCGAGGAAGCAUAUGCAUCCUAAGGGGGAGGAA